GGACAAAAAUCAUUCCAUUUUAGGCCUAAAUUCAAUUCAGAAUAUCAGAUCCAUGGCUAACGCUAACAAGAAGGUAAUCGUGGUGGAGUCGAAGACCAAUUUCGAAAACAUUAUCGGCGAGGCGGGCAACAAGCACGUCCUGGUGGAGUUCUUUGCCACCUGGUGCGGCCCCUGUGCCCUGAUCGGGCCCCGGCUCGAGCAGAUGGCCAACGAGUAUGCUGGCCGCAUGAUCAUCCUCAAGAUCGACGUAGACGACCACGAGGAGCUGGCCGUCGAGUACGAGAUCACCAGCAUGCCCACCUUCCUGAUCAUCAAAAACAAGGUGACCCUGACCCAGUUUGUGGGCAGCAACGCGGAGAAGGUCGAGAGCAACGUCGUGAAGUUUGUCGGCAAGCCGGAAGGCGUUAAGACGGCCAUCCCCGAGGCUGCUGGCACCUCGCGGGCCGUGACCGAGACUACCAAGAUGGAUAAGAACUGAACACUUAAUGCUUAAUGCUCUAAAUUAAAUAUUA